AUGUUGAAAGCUGGUUUCACUUCAUAUUUACUUCCUUCCUUCUUGAAGAGAGAACGCAAUGAGCUGAACCAAUAUAAGAGUACAGAACCUAUUCCAAGCAGUUUCAUCAUUCCAUCAGUUGAGAACAGUCAAAACUUGGUUAAUAUUUCUAUGAAUGAGCAAGAGGAUUCAUUUGUAGAUAUACAAUGCAAAAAGUUGACUUAUGCAGAAGUUGCUGCCUUAUCGAAGCACAGGCCACAACAAUCAUCUGCGAGAGCAAUGAGCCUUCCAAGCAAGACAAGAACUAAUAUCAAUCAAUAUGAAUACUUGAAGGCUCAAAAUGAAGACGACACAGAAGCUUCUGAUGUUAUCGAGCCUCAAAAAUCUGAUGUCAAUUACAGGAAAAGUCAACUGUUUAAGAGCAAGCAAUUCGAAGCUUUGCAAAAGAAGAAAAUGAAGAAAUCUGCUUUGAAGCAAAAAGCUGAUAAUGUUUAG